AUUUGCUGCGGUGCGUUCAGGAGCGCUCGGAGCGCCGGAAACUCCUUCCUGCUCGACCCGGAAGAGAAAUCAGAAGCACUUCCUCCAGCUGCUCCCAGCUGGUUGUUGGCUAGCUAGCUAACUUUUCCUCCAAAGUGUUGUUUUAUUCAUUUUAUCUCUUAAAACAGACUGAGCUGAUGUUUCCCACAGGGCGGGAGGCCUAGCUCGUUAGCACUAGCCGUUAGCCGCAGCUAGCCCCGGGCCAGCGGCAGGAUGAGCUCCCCCGUGGCCCUGCACACUCAGCUGGCCACCGUCAUGGAGUCUCUGGUCCACGCCGCCGUGGCGGAGCUGAAGAAGCUGGUGGAGGACCGCUCGGCCUUCCUGCUCAGCCUGGAGGUCCGGACCGGCAGCUCCGGGACUGGCGCCGGAGAGGAGCCGCCUCUGCCGGCCAAGCCGCAGGCCGUCAGCCGAGAGAAGAUGGUGCUGUUUGCCUCCAUCAUGGAGACUCUGGGGAACGAGGCUCUGGGGAAGAUCCUGAACAUCGUGGAUGAAGCCAAACUGCUGGAGUCCGGGAGGGGCGGCAAGAGACCGCAGACCAGCGUCCUCAACAUCCUCAACGACGCACGUGUCGAGGUCGAACACUCGUACGGAGUCCGACUUCAGAGCUCCGACGCACACGGGUCCGCUCAGACCAAACCGGAGGAGGAGGGAAAUGAAAAUCCAUUCGUCCUGGCGGUGACCGUUAAAGACGAACACGGGAACAUCGACCUGGGAGCCAUCGCCGAGAGAGCUCGAGUUGAAGCCGUGCAGCCGGUGACCUCCGACCUCCCGCCGCAGCAGAAGGCUCCCAGCACGCCGGAGUUCGUUCUGCAGAGCGUCACGUGGAAGUACUUCAUGUGCACGGCGUGCGGUAAAUCCUUCACGUCUCAGAGCAACCUGAAGUCUCAUUACCGCAUCCACACGGGCGAGAAGCCGUUCUCCUGCGGCGUCUGCGGCCGGGCUUUCCGCCAGAGGCAGAGUCUGCAGAGCCACGUGCGAACGCACACCGGCGAGCGGCCGUACGAGUGUCCGCAGUGCGGCAAGUGCUUCUCCAAGCAGACGCAGCUCAAGACGCACGCCAUCAUCCACACCGGAGAGAAGCCGUACGCCUGCGAGGUGUGCGGCCGCCGCUUCAACGUGCUGCAGAACCUGCACCGCCACGCGCACACCCACACCGGCAAGAAGAUCUUCGUCUGCGGCACUUGCGGGAAAGGCUUCACCCGCGCCGUCACGCUCAAAACACACGAGCUCAUCCACACCGGACAGAAACCGCUGAAAUGCGAGCAGUGCCCCAAAACCUUCCGCCACGCCAUCAACCUCAAGAACCACCAGAGGAUCCACAGCGGCGUGCGGCCGUUCAGCUGCGACCUCUGCGGGAAGAGCUUCCGCCAGUCGGUGAACCUGAAGAUCCACCGGAGGAUCCACACCGGCGAGCGCCCGUUCAGCUGCCAGGAGUGCGGCAAGACGUUCAGCCAGCAGAGCAGCCUGAUCUCGCACGGCCGCACGCACUCGAAAGAGCGCCCGUUCGCCUGCGACUCCUGCGACAAGACGUUCAACAACGCCAACAGCCUGAAGCUGCACCUGCGCGUCCACACCGGCGAGAAGCCGUACGCCUGCGACAUCUGCGGCAAGACCUUCAGCCAGGGCAGCCACCUGAGGACGCACAAGAGGCACGUCCACGCCGGCGGCAAGCAGUACAUCUGCGACAGGUGCGGGAAGAGAUACUCGGACCAACGCAACCUGAAGCUGCACAAGUGCGGCUACGCGUGAACGCCAGCGCGCGGCGGGGUCGCGUUUGAUUUGACAAACGGAAUAAAAUCGACAGUUUCUUCAAUGGAGUCUGGAACAUAAACACCUGAAAGUUAUGGAUGAAUGUUUUCUUCACGAUAGAAUUUUACUUGAUUUUUUUUUUUUUUAAAUUGUUAGAAUGGGUGUUAGACAGGAAGUGGACCUGUUUAACCAAUCAGAGCUAAGAUGUGUUGAAGUGGGCGGAGCCUCUGGUUCAGGUACUAUUUGCUCCCCAGGUAACGUUUCCUGAACGUCCCCGGUUCUGUCAGUUUAAACACUUCAGUACCCAUGAGCCUCAGUGGCUGUUGCCAUGGAGACGACGCCAUCCAGAGCGGUGACAUCAGAACCGCAUCACAUUUUAAUUGAUUUAAAUUUCUGAAGUUAUCCGGUGAGUUCCACAAAGAUAAACCUGGAACGUCACCUGAUGUCACCUGAUGUAAGCCCCGCCCACCGAGAUACUGUCUUCUGAUUGGUUGAAACCAUGAAUUUAAGUUAUGUUAAUUAUGUUGCUGAAAUUGUCUGUAAAUGUGUACAUAUGCACAUUGUUGCAUUUUAUAAUUUAAUAGAUGAUAUUUUUCAUUAGUUUGGAAAACAAUAAAGUGAAAAGCAGCACUUGCCCCGCCCUGAUGACCUCAUGACCUCAUGACCUCACCCCCACCAGUGCACCUGCGGGGCAGCUUCCAGGUGUCAGUGUGUAACUGUGGAGGAGGUCAGGGCGAGCCUCCAUCCGGGGCUUUCACUGAGCCGAAAUAUGUGGUCACGUGACUCUAAUGACACCUUUAACACCUUUGUACGACCUUUGACCUCUUCCGUUCACAGAACGUGGGGUUUAAACUCACCGGAGCAAACUAAGCUCUUUGUUUCCUGUUUGAAGUCGAUGAAAAAUAAACCGAUUUUCAGUGAA